GCGCGAACAUCUAGCAUCAAUGUUGUAGUUGUAUCGCUCCACCCAACGUAAAGAUUUUAUCUUUUAUAUUGAUAUUGAUUUUUUUUUGAUGAUAAUUUUCAAUUUGAUAAGACAAUAAACGGAGUCUUUGAUCUUUCUGUUUUGGACCCAUUUUAUUGCCAUUCAAGAAAAGAUAAAUAUCUUAUAAUUAUCUUUUUAUUCAAUUUCGUUUUCAUCAUUUCGUUGCUUUUACUUUUUUUGCAUUUCCACCCAUUAAAAAAAGACGACGAAAAAAAUGACUGAAUUCCACUUGAAUCGUUAUCAAUCACCAUUGUCGAUGCGUUAUGCAUCGGAUGAAAUGAAUUAUAAUUUUAGUGAUUUGAAAAAAUUCUCUACUUGGCGUCGUUUAUGGAUUAUUUUAGCCAAAGCUGAAAAAGAAUUGGGUAUCGACAUUACUGAUGAACAAAUACAGGAAAUGGAAAAUAAUCACGAUAACAUCGAUUUUGAAUUGGCCGUUGAAGAGGAAAAGAAAACACGUCAUGAUGUAAUGGCACAUGUUAUUGAAUUCUGUCAUAAAUGUCCAUCAGCGACUAAAAUUAUCCAUUUGGGUGCUACCAGUUGUUUUGUUGGUGACAAUACAGAUUUAAUCUGUAUCCGUGAUGGUUUUGAUAUUCUUCUACCAAAAGUUGCACGCUGUAUUAGUCGUAUAUCUAAAUUUGCCGAACAAUAUCAUUAUCUUCCAACGCUUGGUUUUACUCAUUUUCAACCAGCACAAAUGGUCACCGUUGGUAAACGAGCAUGUCUUUGGCUUCAAGAUUUAUUGAUUUCAUUACGUAAUAUGGAACGAGCAAAAGAUAAUCUGGCUUUUCGUGGUUGCAAAGGAACGACCGGUACACAGGCUUCGUUCAUGCAAUUAUUCAAUGGUGAUGAGGAAAAAGUGAAAAAACUUGAUCAACGUGUAACAGAAAUGGCCGGAUUUCGUCGAUCAUAUCCAGUUACUGGACAAACAUAUAGCCGUCUGGUUGAUGCUGAAGUUUUAAUGUCACUUUCGUUAUUAGGUUCAGCUAUACAUAAAAUCUGCACCGAUAUACGAUUAUUGGCAAAUCGAAAAGAAAUUGAAGAACCAUUUGAAAAUACGCAGAUUGGAUCAUCGGCUAUGCCUUAUAAACGUAAUCCAAUGCGUAGCGAACGUUGUUGUUCAUUGGCUCGACAUUUGAUUACGUUGUCAGCCGAUGCAUUCAAUACCGCUUCAGUACAAUGGCUUGAACGUACAUUAGAUGAUAGUGCCAAUCGUCGUAUUUCGAUAGCCGAAGCUUUUCUCACUGCCGAUAUUAUUCUGAAUACAAUGCAAAAUAUUUUUGAAGGUACCGUUGUUUAUCCGGCUGUCAUUAAUAAACACAUCAAAGAAGAGUUACCAUUUAUGGCAACUGAAAAUAUAAUCGUAGCAAUGGUGAAAAAAGGAGGCAAUCGUCAAGAAUGUCAUGAAAAAAUUCGUGUCCUAUCACAUCAAGCUGCUGAACAGGUGAAACGAUUAGGAUUGCCUAAUGACCUUAUUGAGCGAAUUCGAAAAGAUUCGUAUUUCAAUUCAAUUCAUAAUGAAUUGGAUGGUUUGUUAGAUCCAAAAACAUUUAUUGGUCGUGCACCGAAUCAGGUGCUUGAAUUUCUUCGCGAUGAAGUCACACCCGUUCUUAAUCAAUAUAAAUCCUAUCUUAAUUCAAAAGCCGUAGUAAAUGUCUGAGAAGACAAUCGAUUAAAAUUCAAAAUUCAUAUUUUUUAAUAAUCGAAAAUAAGUUAUUUGGCAUAAGAGAAAAUAAAUACAUAUCUCGUUUUCUUUCGUAAAAAAAA